AAUCUUCAGUUGAAAGUCAUUAACGUUUAAUCAUAGUCAAGUUUCGUCUUUAACAGGUUUGAAAUCUCUUGGGAGAAAAGUCAAAAAUGGUGUUCAAGAGCAAACUCUUCUUCUCCUCGAAGAAAUCAGGAUCUUCUAGUCCCAAUAGCAAUAACAGUCCACGAUCGGUUGGCUCUAAUUCUCCGAGUGGAUCCGAUAAGAAGAAACCGAAAUCAAAUUCUAAAGAGGAAACUCGGAGCCCUAAUACGAAGAAGGAUGGUUCAUCAAAGGGUAAAGAAGCUUCGUUCGAAGUUCAGUCUUCUAGUCUCGGCAAAUCGAACUUGUCAACUUCUGGUUCUGAGGCGAAGAAACCAAUUACUGAAACGCCGGCGCCGUCUGACGUGAAGGAGGAAUCGCCAGCGUCGGUUUCGCCUAUCAUGGCUUCAUCUUUGGGUUUGAAUAGAAUCAAAACGAGGUCUGGUCCGUUGCCACAGGAAAGUUUUUUCAGUUUUGGGAAUGAUAAUGCAAUUCCGGUCUUACCGUGUUACAAGUUGUCGAAGAAGGAAGCAGGAAGUAGCAAGCUAGAACUUGAUCACAUAUCUCAUGAUAUUGGACCGCUAAGGAGCAGCAAUCCCGCGUUGAUGGCAUCAGGAACUGGUCAAUUUAAGGUAUCACCUAGCAUAUCUGGCCCUGUAGAAAGCUCAGAAGUUUGCACACCAGAGAAUUCAUAUGAAUUGGAAGAUCCAAAAGAGUCAGAAUCGCCUCGUUAUCAAGCUUUACUUCGUAUGACCAGUGCUCCAAGAAAGAGGUUUCCUGGUGACAUCAAGAGCUUUUCUCAUGAGCUGAACUCGAAAGGUGUUUGUCCAUUUCCAUUAUGGAAGUCUUGUAGGUCGAAUAACUUGGAGGAAAUCUUGAAUCUAAUUCGAACCAAAUUUGAUAAAGCAAAGGAAGAAGUAAAUUCAGACCUUUUUGCAUUUGGUGGGGACCUGUUGGAUAGUUAUGAUAAAAACAAAGAAAGUCAUCCUGAGUUGCUGGAAACAAUUGAAGACUUGUUGGUUUUGGCAGAGACUUGUGCUAAGACUACUUCGGGAGAGUUCUGGCUUCAGUGUGAGGGCAUAGUACAAGACUUAGAUGAUAGACGUCAAGAGCUUCCUCCGGGCGUGCUCAAGCAGCUUCACACUCGGAUGCUUUUUAUCCUUACCAGAUGUACCAGAUUACUUCAGUUUCAUAAGGAAAGUUGGGGGCAGGAGGAAGAUGCCGUACAACUACGUCAGUCAAGAGUCUUGCAUUCUGCCGAUAAAAGAGUCCCCACUGAAGAGGUUAGGGACGGGAGUGGUUCAAGUACUGCCAAUGCCUUCAAGGUACCAUCCACCAAGAAAGCUUAUAGUCAGGAGCAGCGUGGUUUGAAUUGGAACGAGGGCUUUGUUGUUCGUCCAGCUCCUCUCGCUUCUCCGUACAAUGAAACGUCAAAGGAUUCUGAAUCGCCUGCAAACAUCGAUAAAAUGUCUUCUUGGAAAAGACUUCCAUCUCCAGCAUCGAAGGGUGUAAAAGAAGAUGCAGUAUCUAAAGAGCAGAAUGAUAGCGAAGUUGAACCUCCACAGGUAGUUAAAACGCGAGUAGCUAUAACUGAUGAUAUGGCUGUUGCUAAGCUGCCAGACUUUUCUUCCGCAAAAUUGUCCCAGGAACAUAUGUCCAAGAAUCGGCACAAUAUUUCCUGGGGUUAUUGGGGGGAUCAGUCAUCUAUUUGUGAGGAAAGUUCAAUUAUUUGCCGUAUAUGCGAGGAGGAAGUUCCCACCACCCAUGUGGAAGAUCACUCUAGAAUCUGUGCAUUGGCUGAUAAAUACGACCAAAAGGGUGUGAGUGUUGACGAGCGGCUGGUGGCAGUUGCUGUAACUCUUGAACGGAUAACAGAAAACUUCAUACAAAAGGAUAGCCUAGCAGCGGUAGAAAGCCCAGAUGGUAUGAAAAUAUCUAACGCGAGCUUUACCGAAGAAUUUGAUGUUCUCUCCCCAAAGCUAAGUGAUUGGUCGCGAAGAGGCUCGGAGGACAUGCUUGACUGUUUUCCGGAGGCUGAUAAUUCAGUUUUCAUGGAUGAUAUGAGAUGUUUACCAAUGUCAUGCAGAACUCGUUUUGGUCCCAAGUCUGAUCAAGGGAUGACUACUUCAUCUGCCGGUAGCAUGACUCCUAGAUCCCCUAUUCCAACCCCUAGACCCGAUCUAAUUGAAUUGUUAUUAGGAGGCAAGGGUACAUUCCAUGACCAGGAUGAUUUCCCACAGAUGAGUGAACUUGCUGACAUUGCAAGAUGCGCAGCAAAUGCCAUUUCAGUUGAUGAUCAAUCUAUUCAGCUUUUACUUUCCUGUCUUGAAGACUUGAGGGUUGUCAUAGACCGCAGAAAGUUUGAUGCACUUAUAGUAGAAACUUUUGGUACACGCAUAGAAAAGUUGAUACGGGAAAAGUAUCUUCAGCUGUGCGAGCUUCUGGGUGAUGAAAAAGUUGACCUAUCAAGCACCAUAAUUGAUGAAGAUGAUCCUUUUGAAGAUGAUGUUAUUCACAGCUUGCGGACCAGCCCAGUACAUCCGCGGGACCGCACAUCCAUAGAUGAUUUUAAGAUCGUAAAAGAUAUUAGUGCGGGAGCUUUUGGGCAUGUUAUUUUGGCUUGUAAGAAAACAACAGGAGACCUAUUUGCAAUUAAGGUUCUGAGGAAGGCCGAUAUGAUCCGCAAGAAUGCGGUGGAAAGUAUACUUGCUGAACGAGAUAUUUUGAUCAACGCCCGCAAUCCCUUUGUGGUUCGAUUCUUCUAUUCUUUUACUUGUAGCGAAAACCUGUAUCUUGUGAUGGAAUACCUCAAUGGAGGAGAUUUUUAUUCAAUGUUGAGAAAAGUAGGUUGCUUGGAUGAAACUAAUGCCCGUGUAUACAUUGCAGAAGUUGUCCUUGCUUUGGAAUAUUUACACUCUCAGGGGGUUGUGCAUCGUGAUUUGAAGCCUGACAAUUUGUUGAUUGCACAUGAUGGUCAUGUUAAGUUGACAGAUUUUGGGCUUUCAAAAGUUGGUCUCAUCAACAGCACCGAUGAUCUCUCUGGUCCAGUUUCCAGUGCAACGUCGCUGCUUGUUGAGGAGAAACCAAAAUUGCCGACAUUGGAGCAUAAACGGUCUGCGGUGGGCACUCCUGACUACUUAGCGCCAGAAAUUCUUUUGGGGACAGGACAUGGUGCAACUGCGGAUUGGUGGUCUGUUGGCAUCAUAUUGUAUGAAUUCAUUGUGGGGAUUCCGCCCUUCAAUGCUGACCAUCCUCAGCAAAUAUUUGACAAUAUUCUCAACCGUAAUAUACAAUGGCCUCGUGUUCCUGAAGAUAUGAGCCAUGAAGCCCGUGAUUUGAUAGAUCGGUUAUUAACGGAAGAUCCCCAUCAGAGACUUGGAGCUAGAGGGGCGGCUGAGGUCAAACAGCACAUCUUCUUUAAAGACAUUAACUGGAACACUCUAGCACAACAGAAGGCUGCAUUUGUGCCGGAUUCAGAAAAUGCUCUUGACACAAGUUACUUUCAGAGUCGCUACUCGUGGAACUAUUCAGAUGAGCAAUGUUUUCCAACCAAUGAGAAUGAAGAUUCUAGUGACGGUGACAGCUUGAGUGGCAGUAGUGGUCGCGUAAGCAAUCGUCAUGACGAAGGGGUUGAUAUACCUCGCGGACCUGCGGAGUUCGAAACUGGUGUCUCUGAAAAUUACCCAUUCAAUAAUUUCUCGUUCAAGAAUCUCUCGCAGCUGGCAUAUAUCAACUAUAAUCUGAUGUCCAAAGGUCACAAAGAUGAAACCCAACCAAGUUUGCAUCGAAGAUAACAAACAAAUGAAUUUAACUUGUUUGUCUGUACAUAGACAGGAAGAAAAACAGAGGAAAAGAAAAGGAAAACAUAUAUUUGGACGCAUAAACGCAGCCGCAGAUGCGGUUAUUGGUGUUUUGCGGUUUGAUAUUUGUUUGGAUUUGUGGUUUAACAUAUAUGGACAUGGUCUCUCAGGCUAUUGCGUUCCACCUUCACAGAAGGAUUGUGAAAUGUUGUCUAAGUAAACUGAGUGAAAGAAG